UCUGGAGAAGAACAGCAAGCCGCAAGGGUUGGUGCAGGUUGUCGUAGGACCCUCCCCCAACCCCCCCUCUGUAUUUACGAAUAACAGACGCUUGUUUCCCCGAUACAGAUCAUCCGGGAAAACGACAUCAUACCUCAACUAAUAAAUGCCAAGAAAAGCAGAAACAAACCAGGAUCGCCGCACUGCAACGAGAGGAAAGACGAACUGUCGGAAAAACACGUAAAAAAAAGGAAAAAAAGCAACAAAAACAGCAACAAAAACGCACGGAUCGUCGCCGUGGCCUUUCUCAAUGCAUCCCCUUUGUGCCCGUGGAACGAUGAAACCAGAAAUAACUGCCGCUGUGGGGUUUCUGUCGAGAUUUCUGAGGGUAAAAGGACACGUAAACGACCGACAGGUCCAAACAUUCAGCCAAAGCUUACAGGACAUUCUGGCAGAGCAAUACAAGCACCACUGGUUCCCAGACAAGCCCUGCAAGGGCUCAGGUUACCGCUGCAUCCGCAUCAAUCAUAAGAUGGACCCACUGGUAGGGCAGGCAGGCCAGCGCAUUGGCCUUACCAUCCAGCAACUCUACCUACUGCUGCCCAGCGAGCUUACCCUCUGGGUUGACCCCUUCGAGGUGUCCUACCGCAUUGGUGAAGACGGCUCCAUCUGCGUCCUGUAUGAGUCUCAGCCCGGUCCUGUCGGCAUGCCCCUGUCCGCAAGCUCUGCCUUCGGACAUGGGUCUGUCGGCUCCAUGGAAACACGCCUCAGCUGCAAGGAGGAAAUGAGGGUGUUGGGCAGGAACAGCCCCUCCAAGGCCUACAAUAAUAUGAUGACAGUGUCCGGUUAAAGUGGUGUGCGGUCACCCCAGCCUACUUUUGUUCAGGGUUACACAGUGGCUGGUCAGAUCAUGUGAGCCCUUUUAAAGCUAAGAAUAUGAAAUGAAAUAGUGAAAGAAGAAAAAAAAAACAGAGGAUGUGGCCUAUCGUCCAGGUGAUGGAAACCUAUUGGUUCAAUAUUUUUUACCUUCUCUGCCAGCUGUCAUCUGUUGUGUUGUCAUUGGAUCAGCUGGGCACUCCGUUUUCUUAACAAGAGGCUUUGUGAAAAUCGUACUGUUGGGGCAGCUAAACCAUCCAACCAACCAAGAAACACCUACCCCGCAAUCAUCCCCAUGGAAAAUGGCUCCGAAACACCCAGCACCCCUUACUUAGCUUUUAACAUUCUAAACUGCUCCAUCUCAGAAGGGGCUAUCAGCAUUGACUUUGCACUUUCUAACUUUCAUGUGGGUACUAUUGGGUACUAUGGCAAGAGCAGACUAAAUUGGGAAGAUUCCCCUGCCCAAGAAUUUUAAACAUUUAAUUGGUCAUUGGUUCUUUUGCUUGGGUUCGGAGGAAGUAGAGGUUUAGGUCCUGCAAUAGCAAACCCAAGCUAAAGAUAAAGAAAUAAUCAAUAAUGGCACCUCUAUUUCUAGAAAAACAGGUUUUGGACCACAACAAAACAUUCUUUAUCAUCUGGCUUUUAUAACAAUUGUGGUCUUUGCUCAUCUUGUGACACCCAUUGAUACCAUUGUGUCCAAUUGCACUGUCAACCGCCCCAUAUUACCCAUAUACGUGUAGCUUCUUUGGGGAUCUCUCCCCCUCAAGUCCAUGAAUGUUGUUGAAGUUUGCAAUCAGGAUCCAUCACUGGUGUUAUUAUAUUUGCCCCACUUUGUCAUCUCACGCAUUACCAAAAGUAAAAUUGUAGCCAAGAGGGGCAUUGGAGGUGCUCUGUUUACCCAAAUGAUGGUCUUGUGGCCCAGUUUAAGUCGAUAUUGAAUGCACUUUGAUGUGAGAUUGUGUGGGGUGUGUACCUUCUCGGAGAAAAAUCGCCUCCAUUCCAUCCAUUCUAUUGGCCUCGUUUGCCAUGGCAGUUCUAGAUGGUUGUUCAAAAAACUGGUGUUUUAGUGUCAGUAAGGGACUGUGCAACGUCAUGUUUUUGUAGACAUUAACAUUUCAGGGUAGUUCUUGGGUUAAGAAUAUUUUGGGUAGUUAUGGUAGCAAGACUAUUUAAUACCUUAAGUCACUGCUGAUUAGGCCAAAGUUCAGUCACGUUGCACCCUUUUCUCCAAAACCAUGAUUCUGCUUGCAGAGUCAAAGAAGAAAAACACAAGGUCGGAAGCAUAGGCUAAUAUAAUUGGGUACCCUGCUUUAACACCUCAUUGUCCACCUUUAUGAGGGAUUUAUGACCAUAAGCUAAAUUUGCUACUUGAACCCUCAUUUGGGGUGUCCAUUUUCCAGUUUAUGGCAGUUCCAACUCAGCCAUCGGUGUUUGAACCUUAAAAUGCCACUCCUUUGCUUAGACCUCCUGUUUCACAAAAACCAAGUUGGGAUGCUGCUAGCUGACCCCUGUGUAUGCAGAUAAACUUAAUGUGACACAUAUCACCCUUCAUCAUCGCGGGGGAGCUGGGUAAGGACGGCCGAGGUUGGGAAGCUCAGGUGUGAGAGAAGCUGGGGGGUCCAGGGCCAGACUCUUUUGUCCAAGGCAGCUAAAAUCCCUCCAGCCCCCCUCCUUCUGAUUUUAAUUCCCCCUGAAAUCUGCCCACCUCGACCAGAAGCCCUCCGCCCUCCCUCAGUGGUGAUGAAUAACCAGCACACGCACAUUAGGUGGAUUUGGUUGGAUGCGAGGGGACAUGGAUCUAAAAGCUGAAGAACUUGAGGGUACUGGGCCAUUCAUUCAUCUCACUGGAUUGUGCUGCACUUAAUUACUGAGUGAGUAGCAACUUUGUUUACAUUCAUAGAAAAAAAUAAAUGGUGGCAGCUGUCAUUGUACCCCCACUUUACUCAUUGGUCUUGAGGUCAAGUGGAUAACGGCAUGACGGAACAGAUGCUGGAACGGCUUCAGGUGAUGCUCAGGCCUCAGUCACCGGCCAGAUCUGUCACGGCAGGCUGGUUUCCCUCCUCAUCACCAUACCAAGGGGUGUUUAAAGCUCCACUAAGCCCCUGAGAAGAUCAUGGGUAAUAUAUAGCUACAGCAUUUGAUGCACUGCAACCCUCCCUCCCUCACUCUACCCCCGAGCCUUAGUUGCCGUUGCUCUCUGCUGAUAUUCCCUUCAGCAAUCUGUGAAAAGCAGUGAUUCCAUGUUGGCAAGAUAGAUCGGAGCCUGCUGUGAUGGGAGCCUAACUCUGCUUUCCAUGGUGGACCGUUGUUUUUGUUUUAAUAAUCAUGCUGCUCCAUUUUACAGUUUUAUUGUUUUUGUUUUUUUUGUCAGCUGACUAGAUGUUAGAGGUUGGUCUAUAUUUCAGAAACAAGAUGAUCGUCUUGUCUCACUUUUUUUUCCAAUGUGUUUUAUAGUCGCACCGUUAGGGUCUCCCUUUCCUUUUGUCCGUAACUAUUGCACAUUUUCUGAUGUGCGUUCACUUUUCUUCUAGUGACAACUUUCUAACAUUGGUUUUAUUUAGCUAAAACAUAAAAAAAAGUCCCUCCCAUCCUCCCAAGUUUCAUAAAUUUUAAUGGCAUCCAAUGUUCUCGUGUGCACAUAGGUUAUAGAAUUGUGAGAGCGCUUUGAGUAUUCAGAAGUAAAAUAGCACAUAAAUGCACUAAAUGUCAAACUGAAGUUGUGACUCUUUGUUUUUGUUUUCUUCUUCUUCUUUUUAUCCGAGACGCGAGGAGUCUCUCCUGGAAUGUAUUGCCAAACUCAGGCCUCAAACACUUCGUAAAUACUCUUAUGGAAACGUUGUGCAUGUUAAGAUAUGAAACCAGAAGGGAACAGCAGUUUUUUUCCAUACUGUCAUAACGUUGAUGAUCCGCUAAAUUAUUGCCACUUUCACAUUUGAGGUGUUUUUACAUAUGAUAGAAUGUAUUGUAACUGUACAACAAAUUGUAGAGUGCAUAACAUUACACAUGGGAAGUGCCAAUAAUUGCAAUUUUGAAGUGUUUUUCGAUGGUCUUUUCCUUUACUUUUGUAUUUCAUCUUUUAACAUGGAUAAAGUUUUUCAUAAGUGAAGCCAUUUGUGAUGGGAGUGCUGGCAAGGACCAAAGUUGUUUUCGGGUUUAAAAAAAUGAACUUAGUUUUCCAUGAUCUGUAACUAUAGGCGUAUCCUUAUCUUUUUUUUUUUCUUUGUUUGAUUUUUUUUUUCUCUGUUUUUUUUCUUUUUUUGUUCCUAUUUACAUACAAAAUGAGAAAAUAGACAAAAAAAUCUGAGCUUACCCAAGCAGGAAAAGCUGUAUCUUGUGAUUUCAUGUCAGUACAUCAAUAUUGUGUUCAGUUUCCUUUUUCUUGGGUAUGUUGCGAUGAACUGCUGUAAAUUUGUACAGUUCAUGUAAAUUGAUUGUGCGGAAGUUGUACAGAUUUCUAUAUUUUGGAAGAAAAGUCUUUUUUUUUUUUUUGUUUUUUUCUCUGUAAUAAAAGAUUUCCUAUCUUGGCAUCAUA